AAUCCCUUGUUUCCAAGCCCAAGCAGUUAUGCUUCUUCUCCUCUCCCUCUCCAUUCGUCUAAACCUCACUUCUGCCAUUACUUGUACAGACUUCGCAAUGGGCUUCGCCACCUGCAUUCCCUACUCUUUCGGUAUAACCAGCUACCCAUCUCGUGAGUGCUGCGAAUCACUAAGCCGCUGGGUCUCGUCUAUCAAAUCCACUCGCCAACGACAGCGAGGCUGCCUUUGCUUUAAAUUAAUCUUAAACAUGCGUGGGAUCAAUGAUGCUAGAUUGGCCACUCUCCCCAAAAUAUGUGGCGUCAAUCUUGGCUUUCCAAUUAGCAGAUCAACUCAUUGUUCCCGGGUGAAGGGAGCCAGUGACGGCUUUAUGUUAUAGGAAAUAUCGUCCUAAUAAGAGAGUUAAUUAAUGGUCAAUUUGGACGUGAAAAUGUGAGACCAAAUAAAGUAUCUAUUGUCUUCACCCUGGAGUUUGCAUGCGUAAUUAAAAUAAAUGCGACGCAGGUGAAGCAAAUGUUUUCUAAAUGCAUGGCUUAAUUGUUAAUGUUGUUUUGCUAAUGCAAUUUGACCGUCUAAUAAUAUUUAUGUAUUGCAAUAAUGUAAAUG